GAGAUACCCGCAGCCUGCUCUCUAACACUGAAGAACACGGCUAUAAAGUCUCUGCUGCACAGCUUCACCGGUGCCUCCUUGACACCACUCGCAGCAGUACUGACUGUGGAUCUUUAACAUUCCACCAUGUGUAAAGGACUUGCAACACUUCCCGCAACAUGCCUGAAAAGUGCCAAAGACAUCAAGCACAAAAUAAGCUUUUUACUCCAGAAGCCUGAACUGCAACCAACGGAUCAGAAGCCAAUAAAAGAGAAGACCGCCGCCACAGCUGCUGCCAAGAGGGUUCCUACUGCAGCUGAGGUGGAGAAAUGGAAGGAGUCUUUCAGACAUGUGAUGAGCAGUGAAACUGGUCUUGCAGUCUUCACCAGCUUCCUGAGGUCAGAGUUCAGCCAGGAGAACAUGGACUUCUGGAUCGCCUGUGAGGAGUACAAGAAGACCACGCCUUCCAAGAUGGCGACCAGGGCCAAGCAGAUCUUCCAGCAAUAUGUUGAGGCAGAUGCUCCUAAUGAGGUAAACUUAGAUGCAGAAACCAGAGAAACAACCAGACAGAAUGUUGAAAACGCCUGCCCACGCUGCUUCGACGGGGCUCAGAAAAUGAUCUACACCUUGAUGGAGAAAGACUCCUACAGGCGUUUUCUCAGCUCCAAACUGAUUCAGGAUCUGUGUCAGGUGCAGAGCACCACUGCUGCGCAGGAGAAGAGAGAGAAGAAAGAGAAGAAAGACUGUGGCUGUGCUGAGGACAGACAGGAGUUAACUGGGGGCGCCUAAACAGGAAGGACCCAGGGGAGAGUUACAGAAGGUGCCAAAGACUGAAAAUGUACGUAGGACAGACACAGGCGAAGAUUGAUUUGUUACUGUACUUGAGUGUCUAAUGUUUAUAGUUUAGAAAACGUCCCAAAAGCUCAUGUGAUAUGUAGUCAAGACUUUACAUCUUUUAUGAUACUUUUACAUUCUGCUACUUCCUAGACGUUUUUCACAGUCAUUUGAGGGUUUCAGAUGGAUACUCCACGGCCACUGAAUUUACCAUCAGCUGUCAAAGGUCGAUUGUGAUGAAAUAUUUCAGUGUACAAUAUACAGGUGCAGAUGAUGUUUACAUAUUUGCAUCGUGAAGCUUAUUUUUUGUUCCUGAUUUUAUCACAAAACACAACCUGCUUUCCAAGUCACGGCCAGGUUUUAUUGAUACUUACAGCAGAAAACAGCUACCUCCACCAAACCGACACACCGUCACUGUUUGUUUGUUUUUUUUUGCUAUCACUGGAGGAGCCCGGAUUAUUUGUUUUAAAUGAGUAAUAACAAUAGUUUUCAGUAAUAUAUCAAGUCAUUUUUAGCAAAGGCCACACUUGGCUUUAAGUGAUGACACAUAAUUCAUAUGUGGAGUGAUAUUAGUUGUAGUGUUAAAGGAUUCCUUCAUUUCUAGGUUUUAUGCACUUUGGUUAAUUUAAAAUUUAAAAAUAGGUAAACCACAACAAUGUGUUUGUCAUACAUUCAUCCACUAUAUAAUAAGCUUUAUACUACUCACUACAUGUUCAUACAGCAGCAGCAGGGAUGAGGCUGACAUCUACAAUAUGCCUUCAUCACCUAAUAAUGUGCCGAUGUAAAACCUGCUGUAUAUCUCAAAGAUAAGUCAUUGUAACUACUGGCUAGGCUGUAUAAAUGUGUCGACAUGAUCUCUGCACUGUGCAAAUGUUGACUUUGUCCAGUGAGAACUUUAAGCAUGCUUUAAUAUGGCAGUAUUGAUUUUUGGUUGCAUGUCAUAUACUGUAGUUACCAAAUAGUAGGAGAAAAUGUCAAACUGUGACUCAGUGGAUAUUUUUAAGUUCCACUGUAAGUCAGACUGCCAUGUUUAGGUGUUCGUCUUACUGUAUUUGUGCAGGGUGCUUACUGUGUUCACUUUAAUUAAAUAUAAUUUUGUGGCCUUACAUGCUAAAUUGUUUUAUCAACUGUGAUAAACUGAACUAUGAUGCAGAUAUUUAUUAAAUGAUGUUAUCU